AUAUUUUACGACAAUUUUACGACUUUUAAAAGUCUUUUUGAUUUACGGCAGCCGUACCACCCCAGCACGUGUACAACAUGACGCGCAAACAAAAGAAGGGAGGGAAGCACGUGGCCAAUCACAAGCGGCUGCGCAUCGCCAAGCACCUCGGAGCGGUGAGCGGCAAUGACGGGAAAACCAAGGCAGAGCCCAAGAAGGGCAGCGCACUUCCUAACAUCGGCUCCUUCAAGGAGCACGUCAAGCGGAGCCAAGAACAGAGGGAGAAACGGGUCGAGGAGCGCAAGCGGAAGCAGCAGGAAUCCCGGGAGAAGGAGCAGCAGAAGAGACGCAGCCUUGAGAGCUUCCAGAAGGACGUGCAGCAGCGGCAGCGAGCGUUUGACAGCAAGGAGGUGACCAUGCGGAGCUUGGAGAGCAGCUGCUUCCUGGAGAGCGAUGGCUCGCGCAAGGCGUACUACCGCGAGUUCCGCAAGGUGGUGGAGGCGGCCGACGUGGUGCUGGAGGUUCUGGACGCGCGAGAUCCUCUGGGCUGCCGCUGCCCCCAGGUGGAGCAGGCGGUGAUGGAGGGCGGGACCGGCAAACGCAUCGUGUUGGUGCUCAGCAAGAUCGACCUUGUCCCAAAGGACGUGGUCGAGAAGUGGCUGAAGUAUCUCCGGAACGAGUUCCCCACCGUUGCCUUCAAAUCCUCCACACAGCAGCAGAGCAGGAACCUGCAUCGCAGCAGGGUGCCACUGGGCCGUGCGACCGCCGACCUGCUCGGCUCGUCGGCGUGCGUGGGCGCAGAGGGGCUCAUGCGGCUGCUGGGCAACUACUGCCGCAACCGGGACAUCCGCACGUCCAUCUCUGUGGGCGUGGUCGGUUUCCCCAACGUUGGCAAGAGCAGCCUCAUCAACAGCCUCAAGCGCUCGCGAGCAUGCACCGUUGGAGCCACGCCGGGGGUCACCAAGUGCGUGCAGGAGGUUCACCUGGACAAGCACGUGCGUCUGCUGGACUCGCCCGGCAUCGUGAUGGCGGCCGCCACGUCGGGCGCCGCACUCAUCCUCCGCAACUGCAUCAAGGUGGAGCAGCUGGUGGACGCCGUGGGGCCGGUGGACGAGAUCCUCAAGCGGUGCAGUAAGAGCCAGAUCAUGCAGCACUACGGCGUCGGCAACUUCCGUGACAGCCGCGAGUUCCUGUGCCACCUGGCGCGCAGGCAGGGCCGGCUCAAGCGCGGCGCCGUGCCCGACCACGAGCAGGCGGCCAAGGCCGUGCUCACCGAUUGGACCAGCGGCCGCAUCAGCUACUACACGCACCCCCCCGAGCAGCACACGAUGCCCACGCACAUCAGCGCCACCAUCGUCGCCGAGAUGGGCGCUGCCUUCGACCUGGAUGCGCUGGAGAGGGAGGACGACGCUGUGCUGGCCGGCCUGCAAACGGAGGCCGAGCCGGGCACGUGGUGCGUCACCUCGGGCGGAGUGACGGCCGGAGCCUCCUCGCACGAAGCUUUGGCCAACAUGGACGGAGAGGAGGUGGAGGAGGAGGUGGAGGAGGGGAUGAAGGAGGGGAUGGGUGCAGAUGAUGUGGAUGAUGGAGGAGACGACGACGACGAGGAGGAGGAAGAGCAGGAGGAGACGAUGGACGAAGGCUUGAAUUCGGAACUGGGGCCGAUGACGGUGGAGAUCCGGGCGCGGAGGAAGGGCGGAGCGAGGCCCAGCGAUGCGAAGGAGGAGGAGGCCCCAGUGGCCCUGCGGCGGGUGGACCUGGCGCAGAUCCGCGCCGUGCCCCCCCUCCAGCAGGGCCAGGCCCUGCGCGCAGCCGUCAAGCGCCACAAGAAGAUCCAGAAGAGGGCAGACAAGCUUUCAUCGAAGUUGUCGGACAAGCUGACCGAAGCCAUGAACUUCCUGUGAUGCUGCCGAUGGGCCAUUCAGCUGUCGACAACGCGAGGGGCAGUCACGGGGCUGGAGGAAUAAACGUCGCGCGUCAAACGCC